AUGGUACUGGGACCAGUGCUGUUCAGUACCUGCAGCAAUGACACCGUCAGCGGGAUCCUCAGCAAGUUUGCCGAUGACACCAAGCCGAGUAACGGUGCCCCCGUGUGUCCGUCUGUCCCUCUGUCCCCGCAGCUCCACCGCCGCGGCUUCCGCUGCCUGCACGGCGUGGACGGCAGCCCGGGGAUGCUGGAGCGGGCGCGGAGCACCGGGCUGUACCGGGAGCUGCGGCGGUGCGUGCUGGGCCAGGAGCCCCUGCCCGCGCCCGCAGAGCACUACGACGCCGUGACGGUGGUGGGGGCCCUGGGCGAGGGGCAGGGACCGACCACGGCCCUCACCGAGCUGCUGCGCGUCACCAAACCGGGGGGUUUCCUCUGCCUGACGACCAGGAGCAACCCCUCCAACCUGCGGUACAAGGCAGAGCUGGAGACAGCGCUGGCCGGGCUGGAGCGAAGGGGAGCCUGGCAGAAGGUGCUGGCCCAGGAGGUGGAGCGCUGGGAGAGGGCCACCUCCGAGGAGGAGAGCACCCAGGGCACCGGCUACAUCUCCGGGGUGGUCUACGUCUACCAGAAAUGUCCUGUCCCACCACUUGAGGAGGGCUGAGAGCCCCAGCGGCUCUGGAGAGGUGGGAGGAGAGCACUUGGCCCCCUGUAAAACCCAGCUCAGUGACCCCUUCCCAGAGCAGGGUGGCUGCUGGGGGGUGACAAGGGUCACGGGGAGCGUCCAGAGCCAAAACAUCCCCAUUCCCUUCCCCGGCUCCUUCCCACUGAGGUCUGGGUCCUGUGGAUAUUGCCUGCUCUUCGGCAUGGGGAGGGUCUCCUGGUUUCCCAGGGUCUCCUGGGCACCAUCACUAGCUGUGGCAUUCUGGUACCAUCCCCAACACCUCAGUCCUCGCCAUGACAUUUCACAGACCCACCUGGCUCUUCACAGCCAUCUCCUGGCCUCUCCCCACUGAGCCCACCUUUCAGCCCUUGGUCAAAAUUUGGAUCUUUCUUCAUCUUCCCUACCCCAGACCCCUGUGAUCUUUACCUGGGGACUGUUGGAAGUGGGUCUUCAUCACCAUGUCUUAUGGUCCCCAUCCUCAUUAUCCCCAGGAACCCGUCCAUGUGGCCGUGGUCAAAAUCUAGAUCCAUUUUCAUUCAUCUUCCCCACCCCGGACCCCCGUGAUCUUGACCUGGGAACUCUUGGAGGUGGUUCUCCAUUGCCAUGGUCCCCCUCUUCAUCCUCCCCAGGAGCCCUCCCACAUAGCCAUCGUCAAAAUCUGGAUCCAUCUUCAUCUUCCCCACCCCAGGCCCCCAUGGUCUUUACUGGGGGAGGGCUGGAGCUGGGCCCUCAUUGCCACAUCCUGUGGUCCCCCAUACUCAUCCUCCCCAGGAGAUAACCCAGCACACCCUGAGGUGCAGGAGACCUCCUCAUCCAACCCAGGAGCAGCUGUGCCAACGCAACGCCCAGCCAGAGGAGCUUUCCCAGUACCCCAUCACCCUUUCAUCCCACAGCAGCUGCUUAGGUCUCUUAUUUUCCUACAGCUUUGUAGUUCAUGGUCUGGGUGGGAAAUGAAGCUGGAAGCCCAGCAUCGCCCGUCCAGCCUGUUCCCCGCGCCCCCCGCCAUGCUGCCUCCACCCCUCCUCCUCCGCCACUCCCUUGGGAAGUUUUUUAGCCAAAUCUCUUGCUGGGAUAUUUCCUUUUUUCCGUUUCUCUUCCUCCCCAGACCUGUUCCUGCUCGUCCUGUUCCCCUGGCCCCGGUUACUUCCCUCAGGAGCUCUUCUCCGGCGGGAGGCUGUGGCUGUGUCUCCCCAUCCCCCACCCAGGGCAUCCCACAUCUCCCACACUCCUCCUCCCCAUGGCUCCUAUUGCCCCUCCACAUUGUCCCCCCAGGUCUUGGCAUCCCUGUGCCCAUCGUGGGUGGCUGCCCUGCUCCCGUCUCUCCCCGUUUGUCCCCAGCACUGUCCCCUGGGUAGUUGGGGGGUUGUGGCUCUCCCCAUCCCUGCUCUUGGCUGUUGAAUAAACCCUUUGCAUCCACUG